AUGAAAGAUUGGCAUACAGAUGGUGAUAAUAAUGCAUGCCAAGAAAAUGAACAAAAUAAUAAUGAUAUAGAUAAUAAAAGAGAUAAUGAUUAUACUUCAAUCGAAGUAAAUAAUGUAUGUAUUGAUGAAAAUCAUAAAAUCGGAGAAAAUGAAAUUAGCAAAUAUUCAAAUAAAACUUAUAAAUUGGGAAAUAUCAUUGGGAAUGGUAGUUUUGGUGUUGUUUAUGAAGCAACAUGUAUAGAUACUUCUGAAAAAGUUGCAAUAAAAAAAGUAUUACAAGAUCCUCAAUAUAAAAACCGUGAAUUAAUGAUAAUGAAAAAUUUAAAUCAUUUAAAUAUCAUAUAUCUAAAAGAUUAUUAUUAUACAGAAGCUAUAAAAAAAAAUGAAAAAAAUGUAUUUUUAAAUGUAGUAAUGGAAUAUAUACCACAAACUGUACAUAAAUAUAUGAAAUAUUAUUUGAGAAAUAAUCAAUUUUUACCAAUUUUUUUAGUAAAAUUAUAUUCUUAUCAAUUAUGUAGAGCAUUAGGAUAUUUACAUUCGAAAUUAAUUUGUCAUAGGGAUUUAAAACCUCAAAAUUUAUUAAUUGAUCCAAAAACACAUACAUUAAAACUGUGCGAUUUUGGUAGCGCAAAAAGUUUAAUAUCUGGGCAAAGGAGCGUUUCCUAUAUUUGUUCUCGAUUUUAUAGAGCACCAGAAUUAAUGCUUGGAUCAACAAAUUAUACUACACAUAUAGAUUUAUGGUCAUUAGGCUGUAUAAUAGCAGAAAUGGUUCUGGGAUAUCCAAUAUUUUCAGGGCAAUCUAGUGUCGAUCAAUUGGUUCGAAUUAUACAAAUUUUAGGUACACCAACUGAAGAUCAAAUGAAAGUGAUGAACCCGAAUUAUGCAGAUGUAAAAUUUCCGAACGUUAAACCUAAGGAUUUAAAAAAAGUAUUUCCUAAAGGAACACCUAACAAUGCUAUCAAUUUUGUGUCUCAAUUUUUGAAAUACGAGCCUUUAAAAAGACUAAAUGCGAUAGAGGCAUUGGCAGAUCCAUUUUUUGACGAAAUAAGGGAUCCAAAUGUUAAGUUGCCAAAAUAUGUUGAAAAAUUACCUGAACUGUUCAAUUUUUCCGUGGAGGAAAUAAGAGAAAUGUCUGACUUGUGCAGGAAGAAAGUAUUACCAAAACAAAAUUAUGAAGAAUGCCAAGAAUUAAAUUCCACCGAAUUAAAUAGUAAACAUUCAAAUGGGGGUAAAGAAAUAAAUAUAGAAGAUGGUAUAUCAAGUGUUAACUCUUGUUUUACUAUUGAAAGAUAA